AUGCUGGAAGAAGGGAGGCUCCUGCCAGAGCAGAGGGACCAAGUGCCAAGGGCUGGUCAUCUGGAAACAGUGCAAAGGACCCGAUUGCUUUUGUUGCGUUCUCGUUGUGGAACUAAUAUCUUCAGCAUCUGGAGUAUCAGGACCUCAGCCAGUACCAGGCCUCAACCAAUACCAGGCCCUCAACCAGUACCACGACCUCAACCAGUAACAGGCCCUCAACCAGUGCCAGGCCCUCAACCAGUGCCAGGCCCCCAACCAGUACCAGGACCUCAACCAGUGCCAGGGACGCCUCCAGUGGUUAAACCUGUGCCAAAGCCUCCUAAUCCAGGAACAACUUCACCUGAACCAAAUGUGCUCUGUUCUGCUUCAUCAAGAUGCACAACUCGAGAUGGCCAGUGCCAACGAAAUGGGACCCCAUGCAACGGUAGAAAAAGCUCCCCGUUAUGCGCAGGCGCCGCUUGCUAUUGUUGCUUUCCUGCUGCAAUACCCUCACCCACUCUUCAAUUACUGCAACCAACAACAGAAGCAAAACUCACAAAAUCUCCAGUUCUUAGGACAACUACAGCACAUCUUGCUGUUGAUUCAGCUGUAUCCGCUGCAACAAAUAGCGUAUCAUUUCCUCUUAUCACAAGUGCUUCAAUGGCAAAUGGACAGGAAACUUCCCGACUAGUUUCAGCUACUCCCAGUACAUCCCGAGUAUCGGAGACAUCCACUCCAAGGCAGAUCCUACAAUCCAAUGCUCCAUCCACUCCUACGUCAUCCGUCACUGUUGAUAAAACAACAUCCACAAGGGCACAGAAUGCAUUGGAUAACUACUCCACUAUUAGUACCACAACUAAUCUCGUGAUUAGCUCAACAACGUUCCCCUUAACCAAUGCGCCAUCAGCUUUUUCAGAGCAGAAGACCUCUGCAACAACUGCAGAAUCAACAUCAACUUUACAUACAUCCAAUCCAAUCAAUAUUUCUGCACCAUCAACAGCAUCACUGUUCAAUACAAAUUCAAGUGCAAAUUCCUCUUCGGCAGUGAAUAUUUCAUCUUAUCUAUCCAGUACUAGUUCACGAAUUCUUUCAGCAAUUGGUGUCUCACAGACAUCUUUGAAACCGAGUGAAUCUAGUCCUGAAGCAAUAAAUAUAUCAAGGACAUCUUCCAAAAGUAGCUUAAUAACUGCUUUGUGGAGUAACUCCACUACUGAUGCAACAAAUAUGUCAAGGACAUCUUCAAUAAGUAGUUCAGUAACUGAUGUGUGGAGUAUCUCUACUCCUGAUGCAACAAAUGUGUCGACGACAUCUUCAAAGAGCAGUUCAACAACUACUUUGUGGAGUGACUCAACUCCUGAUGCAACAGAUAUGUCAAGGACUUCUUCAAAAAGUAGUACUCUGACUGAGUACUUACGGACUUACUCGACUCUUCCUCCCGUGACAAAUAUUUCAAAAUCAUCUUCGCCUACCAAUACCUCAGUAGUGGCAACCCUAGAAUCGACAGCUGCUGCUGCCACAUCAGCAUCUUCAGUAAUUGGUGGAACAUCCAUCGUGAAUGCAACAGCUGCUGAUGAUGUAUCCAGUUCAGCCCUUGUUUCAUCAACACCGAAAGUGACCUUCACACAAUAUUCCACAUCAUCUUCUUCGCCAACAAGUACUUAUCAGUUAAAAACUAGUUCAGCAGUCAACCUUCCAAGAAACAACUCAUCGAUGACUCCGUCGACAGGAGUCCCGAGCAUCACUUCGUCAAAUAGUUCUUCAGUGGUGACAAAUAUAAAUUCCUCAACUACCCAGUUGAUGUCAACCAUUUUUAUUGAGGGAUCUACUACAUCUCCCAUUCUGUCAGCCUUCACUACAAAUUCAACACAAUCAAGUACAAGCAGUUCAACCAUCGUUCCAUUUUCCUCUGCAGAAUUGGUUUACACAACAAAUUCAAGUGAAUCUUCCUCUACAGUGAAAUCAUCUCCGUCAGAAACCAGUUUGUCAAGUCAGUUUUUAAAAGGUCAAGAUUCCUCCACUACUGAGCAGUCAUCAGUGAUCUCAUCACCAAAGGUUUCAGAAGAAUUGAGUCCAUCAACAUCGUUUUCAAAUUCGACUUCACCGUCCACCAGCACAUCAAAUAACUAUUCAAAUUCGACUUCACCGUCCACUAGCACAUCAAAUAACUAUUCAAAUUCGACUUCACCGUCCACCAGCACAUCAAAUAACUAUUCAAAUUCGACUUCACCGUCCACCAGCACAUCAAAUAACUAUUCAAAUUCGACUUCACCGUCCACCAGCACAUCAAAUAACUAUUCAAAUUCGACUUCACCGUCCACCAGCACAUCAAAUAACUAUUCAAAUUCGACUUCACCGUCUACCAGCACAUCAAAUGACUAUUCAAAUUCGACUUCACCGUCUACCAGCACAUCAAAUGACUAUUCAACAGGUCUGUCAUCAACGAAAACGUCAAAAUCAACUUGAUCAUCUAAUAUCGCCUAAAGAGAAAGUACAAGUUAUUGUUGGUAAUAUUUUUCUUAUUUUAUUUUGCAGAAUUUACUAUUUUUGUCAAAUCACGUGUGCCAUGAACUGACCAGUAUAUGAGCUCUGAUAUAAUUAUUUUAUAACUCUUAUGAUUUUUCAAGUAUGCUAGAAAACAAAUUAAUUUAUCAAAUUUGAUUUAAACAGUUCUCAUAACCCAGGAAUAUCAUGUAAAAAUUGAAUAUUGUGGCAAGAAAAUCUUGAUAUUUUUGCACAAGAGAUUUUUUUACUACUCAUAAUUCUCUCUGAACAUUUGUGUCAACAAUUUUUAAAAAGACUGCUAAAAGACCAGAUCAAAUGGCUCUUUAUAAAACUUUUUUUCCAACUAAGAGUUGUAGCUGAUUCUCUAAUAAACACACAUCUAAGAUAUCUAAAGCUUAAUUAUAAGCUUGGAACCUCUUCUGCCUACUCAGCCCAAAACUUGACUUCGACAUACAAGCUCUUCCAGUUCAGCUUAUACCACAACUUGAAAAUCAAAUUUCUGCCAAGUUAUUUUAUAGCUUAACUGCAACUCGUAAUCUCGAUCAGCUCAUGUCCCAGGUUGUCCCCCAAUUUCCAAUUUCUUCCAAUUCAGCCUCAGGAGUGUCUUCAACUUGCAAUCUCUCCCACAUCAGCAUUGAGCGCAACAUUGAAUCCAAGUACCUGCCAACUCAGCUUUGAGUUUCACUCCAGCUUGCAUUCUGCGCCAACUCAGCCUCAAGCUUACCUCCAGCUUGCAAUCUCUACUGAUUCAGCCAUUAUAAUAAACCCAGUUUACAAUUGUUGCCAGCUCAACCUUGAGCUUAACUUCAAUUGGCAAUUUGUGUCAGCUCCUCCUCGAGUAUAAAUCGAACUUGUAGUCUUGAACUUAACUCCAACUUGCAACCUCUGCCCACUCACCCUCGAACUUAACUCCAUAUUUCAAAUUAUGCCAACUCAGCUUUGAACUUAACUCCAACCUGUAAUCACUGACAACUUAGCUUUGAGCUCAACUCUAACUUGCAAUCUCUGCCAACUCAGCCUUGAACUUAAUUCCAACUAGCAAUCCCUGCCAACUCACCCCAAGUUUAACUCCAACUUGCAAUCCCUGCCAAUUCAGCCAUAACUCCAACAAAUAAUAUUUGCCAAUUCAGCCUCGAGCUUACUCCAACUUGCAAUCUCUGUCAGCUCAGACUUGAACGUAACUCCAACUGCCAGUCUCUGCCAACUCACCUCCAAGCUUAACUCCAGCUUACAAUCCCUGCCGGUUCAUCUUUGAACCUAACUCCGACUAACAAUCUUUGCCAGAUUAGCCUCGAGCUUCAGUCCAACUAACAAUCUUUGCAAACCCACCCCCAAACAUAACUAGGUAAAUUACAAACUGCCAAUUCACCCUUGAACUCAUUUCCAUCUUGCAAUCUUUACCUCUUCAGCCUAGACCUUAACUCUGACUUUCAAUCUCUGCCAGCUCAGCUUCCAGUAUAAAUCCAGCUUGUAAUCUAAGACAACUCAGCCUUGAACUUAAUUCCAACGUGUAAUCUUUGCCAAUUCAGACUUGAGUGUACAUCCAACCUGAAAUCUUUUCCGAAUCAGCCUCGAAUCCAACUCCAACAUUUAACAUCCACGAGGUCAGCCUUGUAAGUAACCCAUACUUGCAAUAUUUGGCAGUUGCAUUAAGCUCAAUUCCAAUUCAGGUUCUAUGAACUCACCCAUGAGCUUAUCUUUGACCUGCAAAGGUGUUCUACAGCUUAACUUCAACUCUCAAUCUCUACAGGCACCUGACUAAGUUUGUUCUCCAAUCUGCCAUUUCUUCCAACUCAGCCUCAGAGUGCCUUCAACUUGUAGUCAAUGCCACAUCAGCUUUAAGGAUAACAUUGAAUCCAAAUCUGUCAGCUCAGCCUCGGGUUUCACUCCAACCUGCCAUCCCUGCCAACUCAGCCUCAAGCUUAGUUCCAACCUGCAAUAUCUAGUGACUCAGCAGUCCCUGUCAGCUUCUCCUUAAUCAUAAGUCCAGCCUUGAACUUAACUCCAACUAGCAAUGUCUGCCAAGUGGCCCUCUAACUUAACUGCAAAUUUCAGUCUCUGCCAACUUGGUUUGAACUUAAUUCCAACUUGUAAUCACUGACAACUUAUCUGUUAAGCUUAAUUCUAACUUGUAAUGUCUGCCAACUCAGUGUUGAACUUAGCUCCAACUGGCAGCUUUUGCCAGUACACCCCCAAGCUUAACUCCAGCUUGCAGCCUCUAGCUUAACUCCAACUAGCAACCUUCCAACAUAAUUUUAAAUUGCAAUCUUUGCCAAUUUAUCCUUGAUCUUAACCCCAUCUUGUAAUCUUUGCCUCUUCAGUCUAGAGCUUAACUCCACCUUACAGAACAGUUUUGAAUAUAAAUCCAGCUUGUAAUCUAUGCUAUCUCAGCCCUAAGUAUAGAUCCAACUUAAAAUCUUUGCCAGAUCAGUCUCGAACUUAACUCCAACAUUAAAUCUCUACCAGGUCAGCCUCAAACUGAACCCUUGGUUGCAAUAUCUGCUAAUCCAUUGAGCUUAACUCCAAUAUGCAGUUUCCAUGAACUCACCCACGUUUAUCUUUGUUUUGCUGUUUCUGUCAGCUCACUUUUGUUCUUGAUGCUGAAUUGAAUACUCACCAACUAGACCUCGUAUUUAACUUGGCACACAAGACUGGCAUCUCAGAGCUGAGUUUAUCUUUAUGUUUCAAGUUUCUACUGACUGACUCAGUCCCAACACAACUGCAACUCAUAAUCUCUGUCAUUACAGGCCUUAGCUUAACAUAAAUGAUUCACAUAAGGUUGUCGAAAGCUUUCUCAUUAGAUGUUAUAUUGGAACCAAGAUUAAGGCCAUUAUAUCAGUGAACUUUGCUUGACGAACUUUACUUGCUCGAUGGGACGUCAGAAGCAGAGAAACAGCAGACAAGGUUCUGACUUUUCCCGCCUCUAACGCUACAUCGAGCAAAGUUCAUCGGGCCAAGCUCGACCAAGUGGAUGAGGGUUUAUGCUGCAGUUUUACCAAAAUGGCUAUGCAAAAAUUGCCCCUAUUACAUCUUGGUAAGAUCUUGCAUGAAAAUAGUUAGCUUUUCAUAACCAUACCAAUUUUUUUUUUAUUUCAUCCUGUCUCUCGUGUUGAUAUGACUUGAUUUUUGUCUUGAAAAUUUUUUUUCAAUUAUCCAAAUUAAUAGUCACUUGGUAUUCUUCAUUCUGAUAGUCUUCCAAAUGCUACCAUUCAUCUUACUUUUAAUAGAUCACAUUUUGAAUUUCUGUUAUUUGCUUUUAUUAUAAGACCUUCAACCAUGUACAUCUCACUGUUGAUAAGGUCAGCUACUGUAUCUUUUGGAGUACUCCUUCAUUAAUCUUUAGAAAAUAAUAUUCAUUCGUAUGCUUGUGGUUAUUCAUCAGUUUUUCUAUCAGAAAACAUAUCAACUUUAAUGACCGAACAUACAGAGAGUGAUGGUAAAGUAUCCAAGUAAAGGAACAUAGUAUUUUAACAUAUUAUGACGUUCGAUCCUUAUCUUAAUGUCAGUAACAAAUUUCAGUCUUCUUCAGUUCUUUCUAAACUUAUUGGUAAUAUUGUACAUAUUUCAAGUGUGAGAAUGCACUCCAGUUUCAACAGUUUAUCAUUCAAAAUAUUUGAAACCGCGAUCCUUGCAUUUACCUCUGCAGCAGUUGAAGCGUGAUUAUGGAUCCCAAUUUUCGUGUGAUAGUUUUCAUCUGUGUAGAAGUUUCGCCUUGCACGCACGGUUUUUGCACCUCCAGGAUAUCGUAGAUCCAUCAGCAUUUUGCUUAGUGGUUGUGUACAUAUAAUUUUCUUGAUCGACUACUUUGUUUUUCCUUUCUCAAAAGAUCUUGCUGGUAGUCAUGUCGGAAAGUAGACGUACUGAAUAAAUCUUACCUGAUUUACUGUUAUUUUCUCCUAAAAAUUUUUUUUAUCUACAACUGUCCAACGACAAUUUUAUCUGUAAAGUAAUUUGUUCCAAACCUUGUAUCGAAAAUUGCUUAUUUAGGGUAUUUUCUCCUGUACCUCCGUGUCUUAGGGAGGAUUUGAUUGACGAUGAAAUGACUUGAUGACGAAUUGACCAACAACGAAUUGUCCGAGGACAAAUUAACCGACGACGAAUUGGCCAUGCUAAAAUACUCAUGAACUACACAGCUUAUUGAAACCUUAAAAAAAAAUAAUCAAACUUGCAAGUUAUACAUGUGAGUCACAUUAUCAAGCAAAAGUUCGAGCAAGACGAUGUUAUCUGGAUAAAUACAUUCAAAACCUACGGCAAAACGGGAGGAAGCAUUGUGGUGACUAACUGGUAGCAUAUGUCUCCGUUUUCCCAUCGGUAAAGCUCCGCUCAGGCCUUGAUGGAUUUUGCGUGUGGAACACAACUUUGCCAUCCCUCAGAACUGGGGAUGAAUGGUUCAGUGGGACCCACAGUUCUGCCUGUUGAGCUAUCAGUAGCCAACUGC